UGAAAUUUAUCAUAAAUGUUGAUUUCAAAAGCAUAAUUUCAUCGAAAUUUUUUUGUUAUCAUUGUCAAUUUGUUACCAUAUCAUCCAAUAUGCAAAACUGUAACGAUUCGAAUACGACUGGUUCGUCGGUCGAUCUGAGCAAAAUCUAUCAUUCAGAUAUUUUUCCGAUGAAAGAAAAUUCUUCAUUAUCUACCAGAGAAUUUUUACAACGAGUGAUCGAUAUUUGUCUUGAAUUUAUUGACGAAUCAAAUGAUCGAUCACAGCCAAUAUUACGUUAUUAUGAUCCUGAAGAAAUGAAAAUGAAGUUUAAUUUUGAUAUUGGCGAAGAACCAUUAAAUCUGGAACAAAUUGUCCGUGAUUGUGCACAAGCACUUUACUAUCAAGUUCGAACUGCUCAUCCUCAUUAUUUCAAUCAACUAUCAUGUGGAUUGGAUAUUGUUUCAUUGGCCGGUGAAUGGUUGACAGCUGCAGCUAAUACAAACAUGUUUACCUAUGAAAUAGCUCCGGUAUUCAUCUUAAUGGAACAUGAAGUGUUGAAAAAAAUGCGACAAAUCAUCGGAUUCAAUGAUGGUGAUUCCAUUUUAGCACCAGGAGGUGCCAUCUCCAAUCUAUACGCUGUAAUCGCAUCUCGACAGCAAAUGUUUCCAGAAUAUAAAACCAAAGGACUGAAUGCUUUACCCCAACAGCUGGUGCUUUUCACAUCCGAACAUAGUCAUUAUUCAAUCAAAAGUGCUGGAUCGGUUUGCGGAUUUGGUACUGAUAAUGUUAUUGAAGUACCAUGCGAUGAAAAAGGUAAAAUGAUUCCAUCGGAGCUUGAAAGAUUAGUAAAAGCUCAAUAUGAAAUGGGAAACCGGCCAUAUUUUGUCAAUUGUACCUGUGGUACAACUGUUCUUGGUUCAUUCGAUCCAAUCAAUCCAAUUGCUGACAUUUGUGAAAAGUAUAAUCUUUGGCUUCAUGUUGAUGCAGCCUGGGGCGGUGGAUUAUUGCUUUCAUCAAAACAAAGACAUAAACUACAUGGAAUCGAAAGAGCUCGUUCGGUUACUUGGAAUCCUCAUAAAUUGAUGGGUACAUUGCUUCAAUGUUCUACUAUUCAUUUUAAACAAGAUGGAUUGUUGCUGGAAACAAAUCAAAUGUGUGCUGAUUAUCUAUUUCAACAGGAUAAACAUUAUGAUAUCACCUAUGACACUGGCGAUAAAGUAAUUCAAUGUGGUCGACAUAAUGAUAUUUUUAAAUUAUGGCUUAUGUGGCGUUCUAAAGGCGAUAAAGGAUAUGAACGUCAUAUUGAUCAUCUGUUUGAAAUGACCGACUACAUGGUAAAAGGCAUCAAAGCAAGGGGUGAUAAAUUUCACAUGGUUUUAGAAAAUCCAGAAUGUGUCAAUGUAAGCUUUUGGUAUGUUCCAAACCGUCUUCGAGGUAUUCCUCAUAAUGAAGAAAGAAUCAAAGAAUUGGGUAGAAUUACACCCAUUUUGAAAGCACGAAUGAUGCACAAAGGAACAUUAAUGAUUAGCUAUCAACCAUUGGGCGAUAUACCAAAUUUUUUUCGCAAUAUAAUAUCAAAUUCCGGUGUUCAGAAAAAAGAUGUUGAUUUUUUGCUUGACGAAUUGGAUCGUCUUGGUCACGAUCUUUAAAUCAAUUCAAUUACUAGUUUACUAUUAUCUCUUAUACUCUUAUUUCUCAUUCAAACCUUGAUUUUUUCGCAAGUCUUCUAUUAGCAAUUAUUAUAGAAAUGUGUUGCAG